GUCAAAGUGACGUUUACGCACUCAUUAUGCUAAAUUGUACCGAACAAACCCGGCAAAUUCGUGGAAUAACCGGUGAGUGCCCCGUUCCGUUUGGAAUAGAAAAAAAUGGCGGCCUUCGUGAUUUGUUUGGCGGCGGCGGCGGCGGCUCGUCUGUGCGGGCGCGGGAGGAGGGAGCCCGAGGAUGCGCUUGACAUGCCAGACGAUCAGUUUCGGCGGCACUUUCGCCUGAAGAAAGAAACUGUGCGGUGGCUGUGCGACGAAGUGGCGGAGGAACUCGGAGGCGUGAUAACUUCAGCGCUGUCGGUGGAGCGGCAAGUGUUGUGCGCAUUGCGAUUCUUCGCAACGGGCAGCUUUCAAGCCUCGGUAGGGAGCGAGGAGACGAUCGGCGUGACCCAGCCUGCGGUCAGCAAGUGUGUGCGACGCGUGGCGGAGGCAAUCGUCCACGCCGGGGCCCGCAACACGUGGGUCCAUUUCCAGAGGACGUCGGAGGAGAAGGCGGCCUUGAAGGAAGGGUUCCUUCGACGCGGCUCCAUUCCCGGCGUCAUCGGAUGCGUGGACGCCAGCCUUAUAGCCAUCAUCGCACCGAAGGGCGAGCAGAAGGCGGCAUUCAUGUGCCGCAAAGGCUACUACGCCCUCAACACAAUGUUCAUCUGCGACACAGGCAUGCGGAUCCUCGCCGUCGACCCUCUGCGACCGGGGUCAGACCACGAUGCCCACGUCUGGAGAACUACGUGGUUGCGUCGUCGGUUCCUGGAGGGUCAUAUUGCCAAGGCCGGCGAACACCUCCUCGGUGACAGCGGCUACCCCCUGGAACCAUGGCUCCUGACCCCAGUCACAGGCCACCCUCCCAUACCCACUGCAGAAGGCAGGUACAACACUGCACAUGCUGCCAUGCGGUCCGUAGUGGAGCGGUGCAUUGGGCUUCUGAAGAGCCGCUUUCGCUGCCUUCAGCGGUACCGUGCCCUCCACUACCAACCAGAGCGCGCUGCCAACAUCGUUGCAGCAUGUGCAGUGUUGCACAACUUGUGUCUUGAUGAAGGUGACGUGUUGUUGGAUGAUGUUAGUGAUGACAGCAGCAACAGCAGCAGUGACGAUGAAAGUGGCAACCCCUCCCCACAGAGAGUUCCCCAAGUGAGGGCAGCACGCAUGAUGUACCUGAGAGGCUGUGCUGCCCGGGAUAAUGUUAUUAGCUCAUUUGGCAUGACACGGCAGCAGCACCAGCGAUACCUGCAAAGGGUGCGAAGGCGGCUGCGUCGACAGCAGCACCGACAGCAGCAAUAAACAUGUGCCUGACACUGCAGGCAGAUGUUUAUUACUGCUGUCUACACACCUAAUAGAGAGCAGGAACCAAUGUGAAGAAAUGUGUGCAAUUAGUGGAUAGCGUGCUGCUUUUUUUAUAGAAUCUGCUCAAUCAUAACCAGCGUUUUCACGUGUCCUCUGCCAGUGAGCUGUCACUACCGGAGAUGAUUGCAUCAUUGCACUGUGACACUACAUGAGCGCCUUUCAUUUAGUACCUGUGGAUAGAACACUUUGUGUUCAUCAGCAGAAUGUUGUAGCUACUUCUCUGGGCAGCUGGGGUUCGCCAAAUGAUUUGCUGCUGCUGCUGUUGCUUCUGUCAUCACAGACACUGUCACCGCCAUCUGCACUGUGCAUGGGAGGAUAUUGGUCUUCGCCUCCUCGCUUCCUAUUUGGGCUGCUGCCAAGCACAACACUUCUCGCUCCACCAUGUGUCUGUUCUCACGCACCUUGUAGGCCCUGCGCUGUUUUGCCACACAGCCACCGCACAGUUCCUUGACAUAAGGCCAAGUUAUGCCGAAAAUGAUCGCCUGGCAUGUCGAGCGCGUUAUUCUCCCUUGAGAGAGUGUACAUAUGUAAAUAGUUCUGAAAUUGAAGGAACACAAAUUGUAAACAUUCAUUUCAAGUGCAACUUUCAUUGUUUAAAAUCGUUUAUUUAUAUCUGCAUUGUAAAUAAAACCAUGUGAUCGAUCUUCAAUGCCGUCUUUCAUCAAAGCAAAUGACAGACAAGUACACAGAGCAUGGGUUCAUGGCGCCAAAAUAGCCGUGUGAUGUUGACUACAUGGGACCCAGUACACUACCACUGGGCCGUUGGCAGAUGUUAAAUUGCAUAAAUAUGACACGAUCAUAAUGAUAUUUUUUUGAACUCGCUGACAACCAUUUUUCUUCAUCCAGCAACUUAACAGCAAGAAAGAUCUCUUGUCUAUUAUGUAGUUGGUAUGUUUGUAGCACAAAACAGUUUCUUUUCAAUGACUAGUGCCGUAAUAAGAUCACAAUAUAAAGCAGCCAUGACAUGCUUCUAAGGAACGACAAGUGAGAAAAUGCUUGGCACUAAAACGGUAUUUCAUAUAACGGCUGCAAGACCAGCCUGGCAGCGAAUGUCAAAAUAGCGGCCACAUCGAUGGCUCUGUUACGUAUGUCGCAAACUGUGCUCAACUACAAUGGGGACUAGAUUGUAUUGCUAUCAUAGGUAAGGACACCUGAAAUAUCACAGCGACCACCACAGGUAACAGGUGCUUGGUGUGACCAGUGGCUACGUCAUCAAGAAUAUUGUGAUACGCAUGCGCAAGCCUGGUCUGCCUGUGUAUAAACACACUUCGUCACACAGCCACCGCACAGUUUCUUUCUUCAGCUCAAGCCAGGAGCACGAGGCAGCGUCAAGCCAGCCCGAAGGGUGGCGGUUGUUCUUCAAGAACGCGUGAAACAGGAACUCGAUAAAAUGGAGCGCGACCUCGUCAUUGCAAAGGUAACUGAAACUACUGUCUGGUCAAGUCACAUGGUCGUAGUGGUUAGAAAUGACAAAGUACGCAUUUGUUUAGAUCCUUCGGAUUUGAACAAGGCCUUGCUGAGAGAGCACUAUCAUAUGCCAACAUUAGAAAAUGUUGUUCCGCGCCUGCAUGGGGCAAAAUACUUUUCAACUGUAGAUGCGUCAUCAGGGUUUUGGCAAAUUAGGCUUGACGAAGAAAGUUCAUUAAUGUGCACUAUGAGCACUCCGUACGACCGCUACAAAUUUCUGCGCAUUCCCUUUGGGAUUGCCUCUGCCCCGGAAGUUUUUCAACGGGCAAUGCACCAAGUAGUAGAAGGCUUAAGUGGCGUCGCCGUUGUAAUGGAUGAUAUUCUAGUCUGGGGAACGUCUCAAGAAGAGCAUGACAAUAACCCAGCAGCUUUACUUGUGCGCUGCAGGGAAGACAAUGUAAAGCUAAAUAAAAAAGUGCCAUUUUUUGCAGCCGCAAGUUCGUUACAUGGUACAUAUCCUCACACAAGAAGGACUUUCCCUGGAUCCCGGGAGAGUGGAAGACAUUUUGCAAGUACCGCCACCGAAAAAUUGUAAGGAGCUGCAAGUUUUUCUUCGGAUGAUUAACUUUGUGGCGCGCUUCAUCCCCAACAUGUCUUCCCUGUCCGUGCCCCUCUGGGAACUAUUGAAAAAGAACACGGCAUGGCUCUGGACAGAAGAGACUGAGCAAAGCUUCCAAAGCCUUCGUGCCUGUCUAUCAAAGGCACCUGUUCUCGCCUAUUUCGAGAAAGAAAUACCGCUGACGUUGUCAGUAGAUGCAAGCCAGAAAGGGGUGGGGGCACUUCUUUUGCAAAACGGACACCCAAUCGCGUACUCAUCACGGUCACUUACCAAAGCGCAAAAGAAACAUGUGCAAAUCGAGAAAGAAAUGCUAGCCAUUGUUCGCGGGUGCCCAAGGUUUGAAGACUACUUGCUAGGGCAGCCAGAGGUCAUCAUCGAAUCUGAUCAUCGCCCCCCUAGAGUCAUUAUUUAAGAAACAGCUGUGCGAGUGCCCGUUACACUUGCAGCAUAUGAGACUCACUCUUCAGAGGUUCCCCAUAAGAGUGGCCUACAAGCCGGGAAAAGAACUGUUCCUAGCGGAUGCGCUGUCACGCUUUCCAAACAAGACGGAGCUGAAGGAAGAAUCGAUGGAUAUUCAGGUACACGCUCUUUCUUAGCUUCCAGUCUCCGAUCGGCAACUGCAGGGAAUCUGUGAAGAUCUACUGAGAGAUGCAACAAUGACUGAAUUGUGUAGCUACGCAAGCAACGAAUGGCCCGAGAGCAAGCAACAGGUAUCCGAGGCCGUAAGCGCAUACUGGAAUUACCGCGACAAACUACAUGUCGAAGACGGUCUCCUCCUAAGAAGCAACAAACUCGUCGUUCCCCCCAGAAAACGACAAGAAGUACUUCGUCUACUCCACGCGGCACAGGGGGGUGAAGGAAAAAUGAAGGCAAGAGCCAAAGAAGUCAUGUACUGGCCUGGCAUGUCGGCGGAUAUUGCAGCUCUCGCGAAGACGUGCUUACUUUGUCAAAGGUACAAGAAAAGGAACGCCAGGUUACCCAUGCUUAGUCACGACAUACCUACUCUGCCGUGGCAAGUAGUCGGAGUCGACCUUUUCUACCACGAGAGCGACGAGUACCUUGUUAUGGUAGAUUUCUAUUCUUUUUUUUUUCGAGAUCAAGCACAUGCGUCGAACAGCAGAAGCAGUGACAAACGUGUGCAUGCAGACUUUCGUCACUCAUGGCAUCCCAGCAAAAAUAUGCAGUGGUAAUGGCCCCCCCUUCAAUAGCGUCUGCUUCCG